AGCUGAAACUUGUGACACCACAAUCUGACCCCGUGAGGUCAACCCAGACAGAAGGGGAGCUCCUGCCGUCCAAUCACAGAGCUCCCCCAGCCCCUCAACGUCCGGGUCUUCGCCCAAUCAGGGGGCGCAGCGCGGAGUCAGAGGGGACAGCGACCACAGAUAAAAUGUUUGACUUGCAUCCAUCCCUCUCAAACCAUCCUCUGAAUGCUCGCAGGACUGUUAGCGACCUGCACUUUGAUUUAACCCCUCAGCUCAGCCCUCAGCGGCCGCUGGAUACCUGUCAACACUCCUGCAGAGGACUUCCAGAGUCUCUGUCGAGGCAACCUGUUACUGAAGGAGAAGCGCUGCGGCUGUAGAGAAGGCGAAAUAUUGCAGCAGACUAAAGUUUUGUGGGAUUAAAAGCGACAAAACAAAGGCAGCUUCGUUUUAAAGAGUUCCCUGACAGAAAGUCAGGAGUCAUGACAGCGCUUGCAGGAGGUUUACCGAGAAUGAUGAGACCGACUCCUCACCAGAACUACCCGCGGGGAGGAUACUCUCUGGAGGUCUCCACUCCGUUAGGACAGGGUCGGGUCAACCAGCUCGGUGGUGUCUUCAUAAACGGCAGACCUCUCCCCAACCACAUCCGCCACAAAAUCGUGGAGAUGGCCCAUCACGGUGUCCGGCCGUGCGUCAUCUCCCGACAGCUGCGCGUGUCCCACGGAUGCGUCUCCAAAAUCCUGUGCCGGUACCAGGAGACAGGCUCCAUCAGGCCGGGGGCCAUCGGAGGCAGCAAGCCAAAGCAAACCGCUUCUCCAGAGGUGGACAAGAAAAUCGAGGAGUACAAGAGAGAAAACCCGGGCAUGUUCAGCUGGGAAAUCAGGGACAAGUUACUGAAAGAUGGCGUCUGCGACAGGAACAACGUUCCCUCAGUGAGCGCCAUCAGUCGCAUCAUGCGCUCUAAAUUCGGCGGAGUCGGGGAUGAUGAUGAGGAUGAUGACGAGGUGGUGAAGAGGGAGAUGGAGGAAAACGAACCACGGACGAAACACAGCAUCGAUGGCAUCCUGGGAGACAGAUCCAGCCACUCAGAUGAGGGCUCCGACGUGGACUCGGAGCCAGGCCUGCCUCUGAAGAGGAAGCAGCGCCGCAGUCGGACCACCUUCACGGCCGAGCAGCUGGAGGAGCUGGAGAGGGCCUUCGAACGCACGCACUACCCCGACAUCUACACGCGGGAGGAGCUGGCUCAGCGGGCCAAACUGACAGAGGCUCGAGUUCAGGUGUGGUUCAGCAACAGAAGAGCCCGGUGGAGGAAGCAAGCAGGAGCCAAUCAACUGAUGGCGUUUAACCACCUCAUCCCCGGUGGUUUCCCUCCGUCAGCUAUGUCCGGCCUGCAGCCCUAUCAGCUGUCCGACAGCCCCUACACUCCCACCUCGAUAGCUCAAGCGUCCGAGCAGCCCAGCACAGUCCACCGACCGCAGCCUCUGCCCCCCACCUCCGUGCACCAGAGUGGGCUCGCCUCGUCAGCCGGCUCCCAGGAUGGAAGCUCUGCGUACUGCCUGUCCUCUGGACGUCACAGCUUCUCAGGAUACUCUGACAGCUUUGUGGCGCCGACAGGACACACCAACACUGUCAACCCCACCAUCGGCAACAGCCUCUCGCCACAGGUAAUGGGCCUAUUGAACCCAGGUGGAGUGCCACAUCAGUCCCAGAGUGACUUUGCCCUCUCCCCACUGACCGGAGGCCUGGAGCCAAACGGAGGCAUGGCCGCCAGCUGCCAUGGUUCCCAGCGUUUGGAGGCUCUACCAGGCCUAACCAGUAUGCCCACGCUGCCUAGCACUCAGUCUUACUGCCCACCUUCCUACACCUCCCCAGCCUAUGCCAUGGACCACCAUCCAACCUACCAGUAUGGACAGUACAGUCAGAGCAAGGUGCCUUUCAUUAUAUGAAGCCCCCAACAUGGCCUGAACGAACAGGAGGCUUCCCGGGCAAGUCUGACAUUCAUCGCCAGAGAACAACCCCCCUUUCCACAUGCUGCCUUUGCCAAACCUCCCCAGCCCCAAGGACAGCGAGAGCCAGAGAGCGGUUGGGUGGGUGAAAGGGGUUGAGGUGUUCUCCUUCAGCAAGGAAAACCAGUUGAGAUGGAGGUGUAGCGAUGGCGAUGGAGGGGGUUGGCUGGAAUAAUUAGGACCAAAGGCGCAGCCUCUCCUGUUACCUGGCAAUCGCUUUGCUUGUGCGUCACGUCACGCUCCGAGGACCAAGUGCGGCUCGUUGUCCACGCUUAAAGAGGAAAAGAAGAGGGCGGGUGGGGAGAGGGGGAGUAAAUACAUUCAAGAUUCUGUAUUUGAUUUUUGUAAUAAGUGGCAGAGAGGUGGACUCAGGAAGCCCCCUGUGCUUCUGAGGUCCAACUUGAUAGGGGAGGGUGUAUGGUUGAUGGUUAUCAGAAGGCCAGAUGGUGAUAACGUGUUGCACUCAGCCGCAAUGUUCUUCUAAAGAUCUCUUCAUCACAAUGUCUUAGGAAAAUAAUAUUUACUGUACAUUGAUGCAACUCGCGUGAAAGACUUUGGAGAUGGAAACAUGACUACACCGGGAAAACCAGCAGGAAGGCAAGAACGGAGGCGGAGGUGGAGUUAUAGGGAAACCACUGCAACCCAAAGAAAGUGCAAUACAUUCAUACCUCAUGUGAUGUAAAUUACCACGGAUCAAAUGUCCCUGAUUAUACCCUCAAAAAAAAAAAAAAAACUCUCUCUUUUUAAUGUCAUUAAUUUUGGGUUGUGUGCAUUGAUCAAUCAGGGGAAAUCAUCGAGCGAUGAAAGAUAGCAAAACGUAGUCGUGAUGUCAUAAAGCCAAAAAAAUUCUCUGCCAGUGAAUACAUUAUUCAGUUUGACAGUUAAUUUUUUUUUUUUCAAUUUUGCAUGUGUUAAAUUAGUUUUCACCAGGAACUUGCAAACGUUGGUUCCAUUUCUUAUUUAUUUAGUGUUGUUCCAGUGUUACGUCUCCUCUGUACGUUUUGUAUUAAGCGCUCUUAAGUGCUUAAGUGAGUCUUACACAAUGUUCAUUAUACAUGUUUUUUUCUUUUGUAUAAUUUCCAUUUACAUUGGCGUAAAAUGAUUUUUGUUGUAAGAAGUUUUGUGUACAAUACAGCACUAUUUACUAUUUAUAAUAAACUAUAUAAAAAUGUGGAAAGGUGUGACU